AUGACGACCGGAUAUUUCGACGUGAACAUCUUGGCAGAUGCCUUUGAUCAACCAGUCAUUGUGCCGUUCCCAUUGCCUGAAACCCUGCUUCUCGAUAAUGAUGCCAAUGUACCAUUUGAAAGGAACUUUAGACUUUUGGAAAACUUUAUAUGGUUGAUAACAGCUGGUUCUCUUGACUUAUCACUGAUUUACGAGAACCAGGAAUAUCAUUACUUCUUCAACAAGCACUCCAAAAAGUUCCAAAAAUUGCAAAGAGAAUAUUUGCACGAUAAGCUUACUCAUGGAGACAAGAAAUUGGAUGAAAUCGUCAACAAUUUGGUAGAUUUGGAGUUGCGCAUGAACUUGAUCACCUCCAAGGAAUAUCCAGAAAGAUGCAAGGCAGUUAAGGCGUAUAUGGUAGAAUAUUAUACCAAGGAAAAUGAAAAGAAUCUUCCGUUGAAUCAAUCUUCAUUUGUAUUACAUUCUGCUUAUGCCACCAUUCUUACUUUAUUUAAACGAAUGUUCCCUCAAGGUGUAUGGGUCAAUUCGGGAGAAAUGGAAACAUUAUUUGCAAAGUACCGUAAGAAUCCCAUGUCUAUUAUCUACUUGCCCAACCAUCGUUCUCAUAUUGACUACAUCAUCAUGCACAUUUUGGCUCUUAGGUUUCAAAUGGCAACGCCUCAUGUUAUCGCUGGGGAAAACUUAAAUGUUGCCGUUUUUGGUGGUCUCUUAAAGAAAAUGGGUGCCAUUUUCAUUAAAAGAAGUUUCAAUAAUGAACUCUACACAGAAAGAAACUUGUUCAAUUACUUGGAAUUUGUCUUUAAUCAAAAGAUUCCGUUGGAAGUAUUCAUUGAAGGAACAAGAUCUCGGGAUGGUAAAUCAUUAUUACCAAAAUAUGGUAUCUUGAAAACUUGUGCGGCUAUUUAUUUGAAACAAACGUUGGAAGACAAUAAUCCUGAUUUUGAUUUAUUAAUUCAACCUGUUUCUUUAACUUAUGAAAGGGUUUAUGAAACAGAUGGUUACAUAAAUGAAUUAUUGGGAGAAGACAAGAAACAGGAGAGUUUCUUAAAUAUUAUUCUGAAUGGUGCCACAUCCUUCUUCAAUGCUAGUAAGUCUUUAAGUUACGAAGAUAUGUGCAAGCAAAAGGAUUGGUAUGAUAAUGGUGCUGCAAGAUUGCAUGGGAAGAUGUAUUGUCGGUUGGGAAACUCUUUUACAAUGUCUGAAUACAUUUCAAGUGAAAAGCAAACAACGGCAAUAAUCCUGGAAGAUAAUGAACCCAUAUAUCACAUUGGUCAGGUUGAAUAUGAAGUCAAUUUGAAGAAGUUGGGUUUCACUGUGUUCCACGAAAUCAAUAGGAUUUGCUUCUUACCAGAAAUUAGUGUGAUUGGUUGUGGUAUAUAUGCUUAUUACUACAGCAAGCGGAUACAGCCGAAAGAGGAAUUCCCCAUAAAGGAUAUGCUUCCGACUUUAAGGCUUUUAAUUGAAACAUUCUUAGAGGAGGAGAAGUACGCUGAGAAUGAAGGUAAUAUUGUGGUUUUAACUAACUUACAGAGUAUGUCAGAUGCGGAGUUGAUAAAAUUGAUUAAAGUCUACGUUGGUCGAUUCUUCAGAUUUGUCAAGGUAAACUUUUCUCGGAGUUGUCUCAGAGUUGAUACUCCUAUUGAAUUGUUAUACUAUAAGAACUUGACAAUCCAUUUAAUUAUCCAUAGAUCAUUGGCUUGUUUCAUUGUCUUGCGUACCAACAGAAUUGAUUAUAUGCAUAAGUUGUUUUAUGUUUUUACUGGAUUUUUGAAAACCGAAUUCCUUUUUGACUAUGAUUAUAAUCCUAGGAAUCAAUUAAGUAACUUGUUGAAGGAUUUACAAGAUAAAGCAAAAAUAGGAGCAGAGUAUGAAGUUAUUGAUUUUGAUUAUGUUCAGUUAUUUACUGAAUUCUUUAAUCCUUUCAUUGAAAGUUAUAUUCUUUGCAUCAAGAAUUUGAAUUUAGCAAUUGCCAAUUACUACAAACUGAAGGAGUUUGAAGAGCCAGAUUAUAAUUAUGAGCAGAAAUUAAUUGCUCAAACUAUUGAUAGUGGAUUAUUCCCCACGACUAAGAUAGUUCUUAAGAUGAUUCAAGCAAGUGGGAAUGGACAACGAUAUGUGGAAAGUAUUAACAAACAAUACUUAUUGAGUUGUUUGUUUUAUUUGAACCAUUUACGUUUAAUUAAGAUUUUCAAGAACAAAGCAAAGACUAAGGCAUUUGUUGCCAUCAGAAACCCAAAGGAUUUAAAUCUUAUUUUGAAAGCGUUGACUCUGUUAUAUUAUGAGGAUUCCGACAAAGAAAAUGUUAUCAAUAUUGUGAACAUCAAUUAUUUGAUCGACAUUGUAGACAAAAACGAAGAUCGUACGUUGAAGUCACAAGAAGUUAGUAAGGUGAAGUUAUGA